AUGAACAACCUUACAAUUAUCUUGGGAUUUGCUUUGAUUGCUGCUGCUGCAGCUCAUGGUGCAGAAAGUUAUGUCAAAAGAACAGAUCAUCAUGGACAUCACUCAGUUGUCAGUCAUCAUGGAGCUGGUCAUGGAGGUUACGGUGGUCAUGAUGGAGGUCAUGGAGGUCAUCAUGAUUAUUACCAUCACCCAUCAUACAAAUUCGAAUAUGGAGUGAAAGAUCCACACACCAAGGAUCACCACAGCCAAUGGGAGCACAGAGAUGGUGAUGUCGUCAAGGGUGAAUACACUUUGGAUGAAGCUGAUGGCACCAAACGUGUUGUCAAAUACACUUCAGAUAAGAAAACAGGUUUCCACGCAAUUGUUGAAAGAAUCGGACACGCUCAUCACCCUGAACACUACGGACAUCAUGGACAUCAUUAA